AUGGAGGAAGAUGUGAAAAAAGUGAAAAAGCCUGGUAUCGUGUCGCCCUUCAAGCGGGUCUUCCUGAAGGGCGAAAAGGGACGGGACAAGAAAGCGCAGGAGAAGUCCACAGAGCGCCGGGCACUCCACACCGUCUCCCUCUCGCAGCCCGACCACCGCAUUGACCCUGACAUCCUGCUCAAUGACUACAUCGAGAAGGAAGUCAAAUAUUUGGGCCAGCUUACAUCUGUGCCAGGAUACUUGAACCCAUCAAGCAGGACUGAAGUUCUCCAGCUCAUAGACAACGCAAGAAAGUCGCAUCAGUUGGCGGGCCAGCUGACGUCUGAGCAGGACGCGGUAGUCAGCUUGUCGGCGUACAACGUCAAGCUCGUUUGGCGUGACGGCGAGGACAUCAUCCUGAGGGUGCCCAUCCACGACAUCGCCGCCGUCUCGUACAUCCGCGACGACUCUUUGCACCUCGUCGUUCUGAAGACUGCCCAAGAAUCCGGAGGUUCUCCCUGUCCCAGCUCCUGUCCCGACAUCAACAAAUCCCAGACACUGAGCUCCUUGUCGGAGAGCGGCGCCGUGCUAGUGGAAGUGUGCUGUCUUCUCGUGCUCGCCGUUGACAACAAGGCAGCAGCAGAGGAACUUUGCCUUCUUCUCAGCCAAGUCUUUCAAAUCGUCUAUACAGAGUCCACCAUCGACUUUUUGGACAGAGCCAUCUUUGACGGCGCCACCACACCCACGAGACAUCUUUCUCUCUACAGUGAUGAUUCGUCAAGCAAAGUGGACAUUAAAGAAGCAUUCGAAGGAGAGACCAGCCCUUUUCCUUUCCAGGCGUCGGGGGACGCCAACAGCAGCUCUCCGCCAGCUUCCGGCCCCGCCUCCCCUCAGACUAAGACUGCGAGCGAAGGGGAGCUCAGCACCACGGCCGCCGAGCUGCUACAGGACUACAUGACCACGCUACGCACAAAGCUGUCAUCGCAAGAAAUCCAGCAGUUUGCGGCGCUGCUGCACGAAUACCGCAACGGCUCGUCCAUCCACGAGUUCUGCAUUAACCUGCGGCAGCUGUACGGCGAUAGCAGGAAGUUCCUGCUGCUUGGCCUGCGCCCCUUCAUCCCCGAAAAGGACAGCCAACACUUUGAAAACUUCCUGGAGACCAUCGGCGUCAAGGACGGCCGCGGCAUCAUCACCGACAGCUUCGGCCGCUACCGGCGGACGGCCGGCUCCGCCUCCGACACGGCCGCCAACGGCGACGGGGCGGCGGACGGAGGCGGUGACGGCGGCGCCUCCGACGAGGGCCCCGAGGAGACGUCGGAGGGCGACGAGUGGGACCGCAUGAUCAGCGAUAUCAGCAGCGACAUUGAAGCGCUAGGCUGUAGCAUGGACGGCGAAGGCGCGGCGCUGUAA